AUGGCCGUCGGCGUCAGCAUCGCAAGUCAUAACCUCAGCUCCGUCGAAAUCCCCAACGGCCCACCGCACAGGCUCCUCCACGUCUCCUUCAACCAGGACGGCGGCUGCUUCGCCGCCAGCACCACGGGCGGCUUCCGCAUCUACAACUACAACUGCGAGCCGUUCCGCGAGAUAUUCCGCCGCGACCUCGUUAACAAUGCAGCAGGAGGACGCGGCGGCGCUGGCGGCGGCGUUAAGACCGUGGAGAUGCUGUUCCGGACCAACAUCCUCGCCCUCAUCGACGGCGGCGAGAACCCGCAUGCGAACAAGGUGGUGAUAUGGGACGACCACCAGCGCUGCUGCGUCGGGUUGCUGACCGGCUGCGGCUCCUCCGCGCGGCCGUCACUGCGCCGUGACGCCGCUCAGCCCCGGUCCGCACGAGGGACAGGUGAGGGUGGAGCACCUCGGGCUCGGGGAGGGAGAACUAAGACGCUACUCGACGACGAGCACCCCGCGUCGGCCGUCCCGUGCCUCGCGCUGUCACGGACGGCCGGCUGGUGGGCGGUGGCCACGGCCGGCGCAGGGGGCGCAGGCGCGGCCGUCAGGGUGUUCGACGCCGCCGACGGCAAGAUGCUGCGGGAAGCCAGCCUCGCGCCCGGGUCGGAAGUGCACAGCCUGGCGUUCUCCGCCGACGCGCGGUUCCUGGCCACGUCCGGGGACGGAGGGGCGGUCCAGGUGUUCGGCCUGCCGGUGGAGGGGCAGGACGGUGGCGCUUCGUCGCACUCCAGCGCGUCUCGGUUCAGGAUCGGUGAUGGUGAGCGGUGCAUUGUCGCGUUUGGCGCGCAGAGCAACACCGUGGUGGCCGUCGGCAUGGGCGGGAGCUUCUGCCGCUGCCGGUUCAAUCAGGUCCAUGGCGGCGAGAUGGAGCUACUGGAGCGCCGCGAUUUCAUGUAA